UCACAGACAAAAAUACCAACAAACGAGGGAUUCAAUCGGGCGUAGUUUUUUCAUCGCAUGGAAAACAAGAGUGGAUACAAAUAUCGGAUUGGCUCUCCAUAGAAAACAAGACGAGAUGGCACUAUACACCCAAUUGACCCAGCCGUGCAAAAGGAGGACAGACAUACCGCGAGUUCUCAACUCGAGCCGAAAAUUACGUUUUCGGGCUUUAGUAUUCAUCCUCAUCAGCGAAGUCAUCACCUUCGUCCUCAUGAGCAGUAGCAUCUUGGUAUUGUUGGUAUUCGGAUACAAGAUCAUUCAAGUUGGAUUCAGCCUCAGUGAACUCCAUCUCGUCCAUACCCUCACCAGUGUACCAAUGAAGGAAGGCCUUGCGACGGAACAUGACAGUAAACUGAUCGGCGACACGCUUCCAUGCUUCUUGGAUGGCAGUCGAGUUACCAAUGAAGACACUGGACAUCUUAAGUCCCUUGGGUGGGAUGUCACAAAUGGAUGCCUUGAGGUUGUUAGGGAUCCAUUCCACAAAGUAGGAAGAAUGCUUGUUGACCAUUUGAAGCAUUUGGUCAUCGACCUCUUCACUGGACAUACUUCCUCGGAACAUCAUUGCGCAUGUCAGGUAUCGUCCGUGACGAGGAUCGGCAGCACACAUCAUAUUCUUGGCAUCGAAUGCUUGUUGAGUGAGCUCGGGCACCGUCAAGACACGGAACCCUUGAGAGCUGUAAGCAGUCAGAGGAGCAAAUCCGACCAAGAAGAAGUGAAGACGAGGGAAAGGAACCAUGUUAACGGCAAGCUUUCGAAGAUCGCAGUUCAGUUGUCCGGGGAAUCGAAGCGAACAGGUAGUUCCGGUGAUGGCAUUUGCGAUCAGGUGGUUAAGAUCGCUGUAAGUGGGGUUCGCAAGCUUGAGAGUACGGAAGCAAAUGUCAUAAAGUGCUUCGUUAUCAAGAGCGAAAGAUUGGUCGGCAUUCUCAACAAGUUGGUGAAUGGAAAGGGUGGCAUUGUAAGGCUCGACAACAGUAUCGGAAACCUUGGGGGAAGGGAUGACACUGUAUGUGCUGAUGAUACGAUCAGGGUAUUCCUCCUUGAUCUUGGAAACAAGAAGGGUUCCCAUACCGGAUCCGGUACCUCCUCCCAUCGAGUGAGUGACUUGGAAACCCUGAAGGACUUCGCAUCCUUCGGCCUCCUUGCGAACGGCUUCCAUGAUGUUGUCUACGAGUUCUGCUCCCUCUGUGUAAUGACCCUUGGCCCAGUUAUUUCCAGCUCCGCUCUGUCCGAAGAUGAAGUUAUCGGGACGGAAAAGAGAUCCGUAUGCUCCACCUCGAAUGGAGUCCAUGGUUCCGGGUUCCAAAUCGGUAAGAACGGCACGGGGAACAUAUCGUCCUUCUUGCCCUUCGUUGAAGUAAACGCCAAUUCGUUGCAAUUGGAGCUCAUUAUCACCAAUAUAGUUUCCGGCGGGGUCAAUGCCGUGCUCAGCGGCCAUGACCUGCGAUUCAGAUAAUCAUAAUUGUUGUAAGGUAAAGUCGCAAGUCGAAAAAGAKACAAAAUACAGCGUGUCAGUCACC